AUGGCCAACAAUUUUAUGAUGAAGCUUCUUUUGCUUUUCUUUGGGUACUUGAACUUUUAUGGUGCCGUCGCACAAAUCUCCAAGAAGUCUGAUGUUGCUUCUUCAGCUGUUCAGCCUGGCAGAUAUCAGGCUAGCACUCUUCUUACCUCCAUCAUCAACAAAGCCGACAUAAAUCUACACGAGGUCGACACUCCUAACGCUCAGACCGAAUUUGAUGCCAAUUACAAUGACCUUGCCGACAUGAACGAUAACGAAGUCCUGACCGACACUGAAGAUAACGACGACGACGACGACGACGACGACGACGACGACGAACAACAUCCUAGUGUCCUCGCCGAUGUCAACAACCCCAACUCUGCCAACUUCGCCAUGAGCAGCGCCGAUAAUCAGUUCAAGGGGGGCAAGGGAGUCCGUGCCAGGCUGGUCCGCUACAAAAAGGCCGACUGCGAGAAGAAGAGGACAGGAAAAGGCAAAAGAAUGAGAGAGAGCAAAUGCCACACCUUGCACAGAAAACACUUCAACUCCUACGAGUUCAUCCUGCGCGAAUCGAAAAAAGGCAAGAAGGACAAGGAUGAUGAUGAAUCUGAAGACGACUCAUCCAAGGGAUGCAGAGUGGUCAUCUAUCACGACGGCAAGUGUACGGACGAAGCUUCCAGCGCCAAUGAGGAAUCAUGUACAGACAUCGGCGAUGAAGAUGGUGACGACAAGGAGGACAAGGAUGACAAGGACGACAAAAAAUUGCACGCCAGGGACUUGAUGAGCGAGAGGCCAAAGUACAAGAGUGCAAAGUUCCUCUGCGAUGGAGUCAACGCUGGGGAUCCCACAUCGACCGAGUCCGAAAGCGAUUACUAUUCUACUACCUCGCUCUACUCAGACCGAUAUGCCGACCCUACUGGUUCGUCGUCAAAGGCCUUCACCCUACCAUCCAAGACUGCCACUCCUCUGUCGUCAAAGUCUGAAUCCGGAGAGCCGACUACCACCGAUGCACCAGACCCGGAUGAUGACGAACAAGACCCUGACGACGAUGACGAUGAAGAAGACGACGACGAUGUCGAUGAUGAUGAUGAUGGCAAGGAAGACAGUCCCAAGCCAAAGACUACCAAGACCAUUAAGACAAAGAAGCACAAGACCAAGUCCCACAAGUCCAAGAAGACCAAGUCAAAGAAGCAUCACUCAAAGACACAGAGCAUCGUUACCACCACCGAGGCAGUACCGACCACAAGCGAUGGUCCGGACACAGAGUGGUCUUGA